AUGUCGACCACAUAUUACAUCUCAUUCGCCCUCUCCGCAGUCGUCGGUGGUUUGUCCGUCAUUGCCCUCGGCUACGUCUGGAGCUUCAUCCUGUGGCUGGGCAGGAAAUCCCUUGAAAUCUUUCCCACCCGCUACCAGCCGGCAGAGAAGCCAGAGGAUGAACAUAUUCAGAUACUCGUGGUGGGAGACAUUGGCAGAAGCCCGCGGAUGCAGUAUCACGCCCUGAGCGUUGCCAAACAUGGAAAAAAGGUCGACAUUGUCGGUUACAAGGAAACCGCUAGGCAUCCUGACCUCAUCGGCAAUCCCAACGUGACCGUCUAUCCUCUUGCUCCCCAGCCUGAAUGGAUUGCCUGGGGGACGCUGCCAUUUUUCCUCAACAUUCCCUCCAAGGUCAUCCAGCAGUUUUGGACCUUGUUCGCAACGCUCAUGUACACUGCGCCCCCUGCUCAGUGGAUCAUCAUUCAGAAUCCUCCCUCCAUCCCCACGUUUCACGUGGCGCUAUUCGUCGCCUGGGCUCGUGGUAGCAAAGUCAUCGUCGACUGGCACAACUAUGGCCACACCAUACUAGCCCAAAAGUCCCUACUCCGGCCUCUUGUGCCCUUUUACAAGUUCUACGAGAUGAAACUCGGGCGACACCUAGGAAACGCAAACCUCGCAGUCACAGACGCCAUGGCGAAGCAGCUCAAGGCCGGGGGUCGAUUCAACCUCAAGAACCCCGUUUACACGCUUCACGACCGGCCGGCCGAGAUUUUCCAGCCCAUUGUUUCUCCAGCCGCUCGACUGGAGUUUCUGUCACGCCUGCCAGAGACCAAAAAUCAUGCAAGGAAUAUCGUUGAUGGCAAUCUUCGUCUGAUUGUGAGCAGCACCUCCUGGACGGCGGAUGAAGACUUUGGCAUGCUGCUCGAUGCGCUGGUCGCCUACGCCACGCCCACCUCGGCACAAGAAGACAUUCCCCCCAUCCUCGCCAUCAUCACCGGCAAGGGCCCACAGAGGCAAGCCUACCUUGACAAGAUCAAGGAGCUCCAGGAUGGCGGCAAGCUCCCCGGCAUCCGCAUUCUCAGCGCCUGGCUGUCCAACCGAGACUAUGCCUCGCUGCUCGCCGCCGCCGAUCUAGGCAUCUCCUUACACAAAUCUAGCUCUGGGGUCGAUCUGCCGAUGAAGGUGGUGGACAUGUUUGGCGCGGGUCUCCCCGUGGCCGCCUAUGCCGGGUUUGAGAGCAUCGGGGAGCUGGUCAAGGAAGGGCAGAACGGCUGCGGCUUCGAGACGGUGGCAGAGCUCACGGAGAUUCUGAAGCGGCUGUUGAGUCUCGAGGGCGCAGAGGAGCUGACCAGGCUGAAGAAGGGGGCCAUUGAGGAGGGUUCACGGCGGUGGGACGAAGAAUGGGACAGUGUCGUCGGGCCAUUGAUAGGGGUACCCAACAAGUAG